UUAUGCUCUUCAUCAUCCAUUUAUUUGGCCCCAAAAUCUCAGCCUGAUCAGUAAAUCCAGCCGUCCGAUCUUUGGCCUAUAUUUGACGGGAAAAAAUCACCAUUAAUACAGAUAAUAUCAUCUAAACAGGGAUAUCUGAUGCACAAUCCAUCACGAGCCACCAGAUGAACGAUCUAGAUGACUGAAAGAUGGGCCCCACAUGUACCGUUAUAUAUUAACUUAGUUAUUAUUGUUUGCAGUUUUUAAAAUAUCUCUCUCUCUCUCUCUCUCUCUCUCUAAUAAAAUGUUCAAAUGAGAUCUGUUUUGAACCGUUAUACAUUUCCCGCCAUUUUCCAAUCAAGAACAUGCCAUUUCAAAAGCUCCCCACAUUUCUCCAUCCAACCAAAUCCCAAUUCUUAUCAUCCAAACACCCCGUCCUGCGAAAACCCAUGCUUCCCAUCAUUCCUCCAUCUCCUCAAAAUCUACAAAACCCCAUCUCAAACCAAACAAAUCCAUGCGCAAACCAUCACCCAUGGAAUCUCACCCAACAGCCUGAUCGUUUCAAGAAUCUUACAAUCGUCGGACCUCAACAAUUCCCUUCUAAUAUUCAACCAGAUUGAAAACCCGCUUCCAUUUCAUUACAAUUCAAUCAUCCAGGCCUACUCCAAAUCAGAUACACCAGAGCUAGCUAUCUAUUUCUACCUUCGGAUGUUGGGUGAUGGACGAAAACCCAAUAAUUUCACAUUCCCUUCUUUGAUCGGUGUGUGUGCGCAUUUAUUUGCCGUUUCGGAAGGGACCCAAUUGCAUUCCUAUAUUUUAAAGACGGGUUUUGAUUCUGAUCAGUUUCUGCGGAGCUCUUUGAUUCAUAUGUAUUCGAGUUUUGGCGAUAUGGAUUGUGCGCAGAAACUGUUCGAUGAAGCGUCUGCAAGAGAAAAUGUGGUGGUGUGGACUGCUUUGGUUAAUGGGUAUUCGAAAUUGGGCGACUUGGAAAUGGCGAGGAAGAUUUUUGAUGAAAUGCCAGAAAGGGAUGUUGUUGCAUGGAGUGCUAUGGUUUCGGGGUAUGUUCAGAAUGGGAGGUUUAAGGAGGGCUUUAGUGUUUUCAAUGUUAUGCAAGGUGAGGGUGUGAAGGCUAAUGAGAGUGUGUUGGUGAGCAUUCUUUCUGCUUGUGCUCAUUUGGGGGCCUUGGAUUUGGGAAGGUGGGCCCAUCUGUAUGUCGAGAGGAGAUUUGGGGCUGAAUUGCGUGUGAAUUUAGGGACUGCUUUGGUGGACAUGUAUGCAAAAUGUGGUGAUCUAUGUGCAUCAAUAGCUGUUUUUGAAGGGCUAAAUUGUAAGAAUGUCUUGUCUUGGAAUGCUAUGAUGGGGGGAUUUGCAUUGUAUGGGUAUGGAAGAGGUGCUUUAGGGCUUUUCUCUAAGAUGUUGAGGGUGGGAUUGAGACCUGAUGGGGUCACAUUUCUAGGGCUCUUGGGUGCAUUUAGCCAUGGUGGGAUGGUGAACGAGGGCAGGAUUUUCUUUGAAGCCAUGACAGAUGUCUUCACCAUUAACCCCAUGUUGGAGCACUAUGGGUGCAUGGUUGAUAUGCUCUCACGAGCCGGGCUUCUAGAAGAUGCGACGGAGCUCAUUGAGAACAUGCCUUUGGAACCAGAUGCAAGUGUGUGGGGAGCACUUCUGGGUGGUUGUAGGGUCCACGGGAACAUAGUGCUAGGCACACCUAUUGGUGAGAAGGUUAUAGACUUCGAACCUGACCAUGCGGGGCGGUACGUGCUCUUGUCAAACAUAUAUGCAUUGGCCAAAAGGUGGGAUGAUGCUAAGCAUGUGAGGAGGUUGAUGAAGGAGAGGGGAGUCCAAAUGCGGCCUGGUUGUAGUUCGAUCGAGGUAGAUGGAUCGGUACACGAGUUUGUAGUGGGGGAUAGACAGCAUCCCCAGGCUAGAGAAAUCUACAACAAGGUGGAAGAGAUGGACAUGAGAUUGAGAAUGGCAGGCCAUUUUGUGGACACAAGGAAUGUGUUGUAUGAUUUAGAUGAGGAGGAUAAGGAGCUCCAGCUCUCUUAUCAUAGUGAGAGAUUGGCAAUUGCAUUUGGGCUGAUUUUUGCUGAUGUUGGGAUGCCAAUUCGGAUUGUGAAGAACCUUCGAGUGUGCGGCGAUUGCCAUUCGGCGACGAAAAUGCUGUCAAAGAUCUAUGAGAGAGAUAUCGUUGUUCGAGAUAGCAAGCGUUUCCACCAUUUCAAAGGAGGUUCUUGUUCCUGCAUGGAUUAUUGGUGAAUGAGAACAGAACCAUCUCAGUUCGAAUUGAGGGAAGUUUUAAACUGCUUUCAGUCCACUUGGGGAAGCCAAGGGUGAUUGAAAAAGC